GUCAUCAUCAUCAGAGGAGGAGGUUGGAGCUUUAUUGGGCUUGACAUUUUACUGCCAGGAGUGUCAGACACAUGACGUCCAGUGAGAGGAGUGAGGGACGACGCAAAGGACGGAAAAGGAGAAUAAGGAUCCAAUGAUAUGGAGACAAACACAGGACGUACUCUGAACCUGUAGAGAAGAGAUAGAGGUAAAUCAAUACAAAAAUAGAAGGGGGUAUGUGGAGAUACAGAAAUGCAGGGUUCUGAAUCCAUUGGACGGGAAUUUAGUUGCCGUGUUUUGCGCUGUGCCGGUAGAGCCUGUGGAACAUGCAGCACGAGCCUCUGUCACUCACACUGCUGCAGUGGAGGAGUACACGCAGAGCCCAGCACUGAUACACAGCCACAGAACAGUACAACAGACUGGUCCUCCUGCAUCUCAUCCUCUCCCCAUCGCACCAUUCCUCUCACCCUAUUCCUCUGAGGGCUUGGAUAAAAAAAAGAAACAGGAGGGAAGGAAGGAAGAGGGAUUUUGUUUUUUUCUUCUUCUGCCCACCAGAACAGACUCUUUCUCAGAUCUGUGUGUCUCUGAAUGACUGUGCUGUGUUUUCCUGUCAUCGAGUGAAGAAGCAACAUAUGUGCUCCGAUGUCUCCAGAACAUAGGCACGCUGCAAGAGGCGGAUGAAACAGGUUGAUUGAAAGUUGACGGAGCCAGACCUCGUACUUGGUAUUCAUCUCAGUAUUGGAUUGGGGGACGGGUAGAACAUCACACCAGAUUUUCAACACCUUGGGCAGAUGCAGCACAUCUGUCUUCAGCUGGACGUGGAGAACCGAAUGCUCUCUCCCUUCAUCCAUCGUCAGUGAUCCGUCUGGCUAAUGUAUGUGUGUGUUAAGCUCGAAGAGUGGGAGGGCCAAACCACUGCCAAGGUUCUCGAUGGGCAACGGGGGUAAUUUUCACCCGGUCUAUGUGACCAAUAUCUGAAGAUGGAGCAACUCUGACCAGCAGUAUUCCCCUUGGUCCCCGUCUCGACACUUCGAUGAAGGCAGACGCCACCCUGUCCCCCCAGCUAGGAACAUGAAGGGCUUAUCGGGCGGUCGCUCCCAGCACCAGAUCCUCUCGCCCCACGGGCUGGACCAGUUCGACUACCCCCAAGACAUCCAUGGCAUGGGCCACCAUGGUGGCGCCUCCGACUCACGCCACACCUCCUACCUGCUCAGCCCCACUGAGAUCUGCCCCAUGGACUACCAUCACCGCUACUCACCGCGCAGCUCCAUUCACUCAGACUGCAUGAUGAUGUCCCCCGUCAUGAUGGCGCCCUCGUCAGUCGGCGUUGGCCCCAUCGACCACGUUUCUAGCAGCACCUUCCCCAGAAUGCACUACAGCACCCAGUACUAUGACUCAGCCACGCGGGACGACUGCGCCGCCAUCACUGCCUCCGCCACCUCCCAUGCUGCUGCUGCUGCCACUGCCGCUUCCGUCUUGCAGUACCAGGGCAGCGGCAAGAGCAACCGCAUCCCGGCCAACCUGCUGGACCAGUUUGAGAAGCAGCUGCCGCUGCAUCACGACGGCUUCCACACGCUGCAGUACCAGAGAGCGUCCACCACCACCACGGAGCAGCGCAGCGAGAGCCCCGGACGCAUCCGCCACCUGGUCCACUCUGUCCAGAAGCUUUUCACCAAGUCCCAUUCCCUGGAGGGAUCGUCCAAGAUGAACGGCACCAAGGGUGAAGGAGGAGGAGGGGGACACCACGGAGGCUCCCAACACGGCCACCACGGAGGCUCCAAGCACGGCAGCAAGCGGAGCAAGAGCAAAGAGCGCAAGGCGCACCGCUCGGGGGGCUUCUGGAGCUCUGACGACAACCUGGACAGCGACAGCACCUACCGCACGCCCAGCGUCAUGAGCCGUCACCACGGUGACUACGCCCAUGCCGCCCACUGCUACCCGGACUCCAUGCAUCACAGUCACUUUGGGGACAUGUCCCUCAAGACCUCGAAGAGCAACAACGACGUCAAGUGCUCGGCGUGCGAGAGCAUGGCCACGGCUCCGGAGGGGAAGUUUAUGAAGAGAAGUUCCUGGUCUACGCUGACUGUCAGCCAGGCCAAGGAAGCUUACAGGAAGUCCUCCCUUAACCUGGAGAAACCCAUGGUGCACACAGACCUCAAGCCCUCACUACGGGCCUGUCACUAUCUGCAGGUGCCUCAGGAUGAGUGGAGUGGAUACCCGGAGGACGGAGACAAGGACGAGGAGAUCCCAUGUCGGCGGAUGCGCAGCAGCAGCUACGUCAAAGCCAUGGGAGAGGUAGACAAUGACUCUGGUGGCGAAUCUGAUGGCAGCCCCAAGUCCUCACCCCAGAAGGCCAUCCGACCCGAUGCCCUCGUCCUCAAAUCAGUUAUGCAGAGGCCCCACAUAGACCCCCAAAGCCAGAGCUACCACUUGCAAACCACCCGAGACAUGAUGCGGCCCCAUCCCAGUGUCACCCUGGACCCAGCCUUCAAUUACCCCCAACACCAUGUACCCCUGGGGCCUCAGUUCCGCUCCCGGAACCAGAGCUACAUGCGGGCGGUCAGCACCCUCAGUCAGGCCAGCUGCGUCAGCCAGGUGAGUGAGACUGAGGUCAAUGGCCAGUUUGAGUCAGUUUGCGAGUCCGUUUUUAGCGAAGUAGAAUCCCAGGCCAUGGAGGCUUUGGACCUGCCUGGCUCGUUCCGCACUCGAAGCCACAGUUACCUGCGUGCAAUUCAGGCUGGGUAUUCCCAAGACGACGACUGCUUGCCUUCAAUGACAUCCUCCACUGUCACUUCAACUCUCAGAUCCACAACAGGGAUCCAGUUUCGUCUCCCUUCUUCCUGCAGUGUGGACCGAGCCGAUCCACCUCCAGUGGUAACGCACAUGCCUAGCUAUAUGUCGAAGACGCCCCCGCCGGCACCACCUCGCGCCACCUCCAAGCCCCUCAUCUCGGUGACGGCCCAGAGCAGCACAGACUCCACUCAGGACGCCUACCACGAGGGGAGGGACCCGCGGGGGAGUGUACUGUGGGCGCCGGACGGUCUGGGCGGCUCGGGUCGAACCCUCUACAACUCCACCGACAGCCUGGACAGCGCCAACGUGGUGACGCUGGCCAUGGAGACGGCAGGGAGCAAGCGGCACGCCUCCUCGGGCAGUCACAGCUCGGUGCAGACGUGUGACAAGGCGGUGUUGGUGUCCAAGGCUGAGGAAUACCUCAAAACGCCACGUUCCUCCAUAGGGAUACAGGUGGAGACGGCGACUGACUCGGAGUCGGAGGGUAAAGGUCUUCCUCAGUACCAUUCUGUUGGCACCCAGGUGGAGGAUAACAAACGGCAUGGCAGGUUCAAGCGCUCCAACAGCGUGACGACAGCCGUACAAGCUGACAUGGAACUAGAGGGCUUCCCCACCAUGGAGGACAAGGGACUGCAGUUCGGAGGGGGCUUGGGUUUCCGAGGGGGCCACUCGGAGCCCAGUACACCCACCCAGUACGGGGCCGUCCGCACUGUCCGCACCCAGGGCCUCUUCAGCUACCGGGAGGACUACCAGCGUUCCUCCAGCGGUCCUCCCAGUCCGCAGCCCGAGUCGUGGCUGACAGAGCCCUCUCUGGAGGGGCCUGAGACGGGCCGGGUGUCCCCCCUCCGCAGGGAUGGCAGCUGGUUCAUGCAGCUCCUCCAUAAUGAAACUAAGAGGAUGGAGGGAUGGUGUAAAGACAUGGAGAGAGAGGCGGAGGAGCAUGACCUGUUGGAGGAGAUCCUAGGGAAAAUCCGGAGUGCGGUGGGCAGUGCACAACUCCUCAUGUCUCAAAAAUUCCAGCAGUUCUAUUGGCUGUGUCAACAGAACCUGGACCCCAGCGCCAUGCCCCGCCCCACCUCUCAGGACCUGGCCGGAUUCUGGGACUUGCUGCAGCUCUCAAUCGAUGACGUCACUGCCAAAUUUAAUGAACUGCAGCAGAUCAAGAGCAAUGAGUGGAGGCUCGUGGAGAGCCCAGAGAAGAAGACGCCAUUACAGGAGAGGAAGUGGCCUCCCCCGCUGCCAAAGAGGCCUCCGAAGGGGCGUGGCGGCGUGGUGCGGGAACGCUCUCUGGAUCUGCAGGACCGCCAGCGUCAGGAGGCCCGGCGUCGUCUUCUGGCUGCCAAGCGGGCGGCUUCCUUCAGACAGAACUCAGCCACGGAGCGGGCGGACAGCAUUGAGAUCUACAUCCCCGAGGCCCAGACCCGUCUUUGAGGUUCGAGGAUUUACCCCCCCCUAGCCCACCCCUACCCCUGUUUUGCCCAUAUCCGCCCCCCAUACCUCAGCCCCAGCCAGUGGGUGUAACCCAGACCCCUUCCGCUCUCCUUCUUAUCUGUGCAAACGUCUCUCACUCCACACUGUUUUUUCUCCACCUGUUGCCAUUCUUCUGGUGUCCUCUCCCCUUUAAGACGGAGGGAAUAUUCCCCACCCCACUACAAUGAGCUGCUAGUACACCCUCCCCUUUAACCGAACUGAUCCACCAUCACAAUUAUAUUUGGGUAAAUACAAGCAAAUAGAUUAUUUUCUAUACUGUAACAAAUAUUGUCGUUGGAAAUGUACUUCCCCCUAAGAGCUUUUGCAUUGCCAUCAUGUAUUAUUAUAAGCCUCUGGGUAAAGUAAAGGGGAAUGUCAGUAUUUUUCCACAGUGUUCAAAGGGAAUCACAAAGUGCAACUUUUCUAUGGAGAAUCUCACCAGCAACAGUGGUCUUGGGCUAAAACACCCUGUGUGGAGACUACUGCAUCCCAGUGGUAGCACAGAGGUGGUGAGGACUCACUGUCAAGACAGAUGUCUGAAAAUCUCUCCCCAUGUUGGUGGGUUGACAGCAUAAGUGGGGGGGUAUAUCAUGUGAUUGAUCAACACCUGCUAUUGAAAUACCUGAGUCUUGCAGGUAAACACCAUGGACAGAAUUCUAAUCUAAGUCUAUUCUAUUUCUAUGGUAAAGACAGAGAAGUCAUCAUAUCUGAAAUGGUUGCACUCGCACAGCAUGCUGGGUGGGUAUAGUAAUUAUUUUGUUAUUCUAGGGACGUACUCACACAACUUUUUACCAGGCUAGCUACUGCAGCCAUUGACUAUUGUCACACCACUUUUUACCAGGCUAGCUACUGCAGCCACUGACUAACGUCACCCCACUACCAAGCUAGCUACUGCAGCCACUGACUAUUGUCACACCACUUUUUUACCAGGCUAGCUACUGCAGCCACUGACUAACGUCACCCCCCAACAGGCUAGAUACUGCAGCCACUGACUAACGUCACCCCACUACCAGGCUAGCUACUGCAGCCACUGACUAUUGUCACACCACUUUUUACCAGGCUAGCUGCCUCAGCCACUGACUAACGUCACCCCACUACCAGGCUAGCUACUGCAGCCACUGACUAACGUCACCCCCCAACAGGCUAGCUACUGCAGCCACUGACUAAUGUCACACCACUUUUUACCAGGCUAGCUGCCUCAGCCACUGACUAACGUCACCCCACUACCAGGCUAGCUACUGCAGCCACUGACUAAUGUCACACCACUUUUUACCAGGCUAGCUGCCUCAGCCACUGACUAACGUCACCCCACUACCAGGCUAGCUACUGCAGCCACUGACUAACGUCACCCCCCAACAGGCUAGCUACUGCAGCCACUGACUAAUGUCACACCACUUUUUACCAGGCUAGCUGCCUCAGCCACUGACUAACGUCACCCCACUACCAGGCUAGCUACUGCAGCCACUGACUAACGUCACCCCACUACCAGGCUAGCUACUGCAGCCACUGACUAACGUCACCCCACUAACAGGCUAGCUACUGCAGCCACUGACUAACGUCACCCCACUACCAGGCUAGCUACUGCAGCCACUGACUAACGUCACCCCCCAACAGGCUAGCUACUGCAGCCACUGACUAAUGUCACACCACUUUUUACCAGGCUAGCUGCCUCAGCCACUAACUUUCGUCACCCCACUACCAGGCUAGCUACUGCAGCCACUGACUAACGUCACCCCCCAACAGGCUAGCUACUGCAGCCACUGACUAAUGUCACACCACUUUUUACCAGGCUAGCUGCCUCAGCCACUGACUAACGUCACCCCACUACCAGGCUAGCUACUGCAGCCACUGACUAACGUCACCCCCCAACAGGCUAGCUACUGCAGCCACUGACUAAUGUCACCCCACUACCAGGCUAGCUACUGCAGCCACUGACUAACGUCACCCCCCAACAGGCUAGCUACUGCAGCCACUGACUAACGUCACCCCACUGCCAGGCUAGCUACUGCAGCCACUGACUAAUGUCACCCCCCAACAGGCUAGCUACUGCAGCCACUGACUAACGUCACCCCACUACCAGGCUAGCUACUGCAGCCACUGACUAACGUCACCCCCCAACAGGCUAGCUACUGUAGCCACUGACUAACGUCACCCCCCAACAGGCUAGCUACUGCAGCCACUGACUAACGUCACCCCACUACCAGGCUAGCUACUGCAGCCACUGACUAACGUCACCCCCCAACAGGCUAGCUACUGCAGCCACUGACUAACGUCACCCCCCAACAGGCUAGCUACUGCAACCACUGACUAACGUCACCCCCCAACAGGCUAGCUACUGCAGCCACUGACUAAUGUCACCCCCCAACAGGCUAGCUGCCUCAGCCACUGACUAACGUCACCCCACUACCAGGCUAGCUACUGCAGCCACUGACUAACGUCACCCCCCAACAGGCUAGCUACUGCAGCCACUGACUAACGUCACCCCACUACCAGGCUAGCUACUGCAGCCACUGACUAUUGUCACACCACUUUUUACCAGGCUAGCUACUGCAGCCACUGACUAACGUCACCCCACUACCAGGCUAGCUACUGCAGCCACUGACUAACAUCACCCCCCAACAGGCUAGCUACUGCAGCCACUGACUAAUGUCACACCACUUUUUACCAGGCUAGCUGCCUCAGCCACUGACUAACGUCACCCCACUACCAUGCUAGCUACUGCAGCCACUGACUAACGUCACCCCCCAACAGGCUAGCUACUGCAGCCACUGACUAACGUCACCCCACUACCAGGCUAGCUACUGCAGCCACUGACUAACGUCACCCCCCAACAGGCUAGCUACUGCAGCCACUGACUAACGUCACCCCCAAACAGGCUAGCUAUUGCAGCCACUGACUAACGUCACCCCACUACCAGGAUAGCUACUGCAGCCACUGACUAACGUCACCCCCCAACAGGCUAGCUACUGCAGCCACUGACUAAUGUCACACCACUUUUUACCAGGCUAGCCACUGCAACCACUGACUAACGUCACCCCCCCAACAGGCUAGCUACUGCAGCCACUGACUAACGUCACCCCCCAACAGGCUAGCUGCCUCAGCCACUGACUAACGUCACCCCACUACCAGGCUAGCUACUGCAGCCACUGACUAACGUCACCCCCCAACAGGCUAGCUGCCUCAGCCACUGACUAACGUCACCCCACUACCAGGCUAGCUACUGCAGCCACUGACUAACGUCACCCCCCAACAGGCUAGAUACUGCAGCCACUGACUAACGUCACCCCACUACCAGGCUAGCUACUGCAGCCACUGACUAUUGUCACACCACUUUUUACCAGGCUAGCUGCCUCAGCCACUGACUAACGUCACCCCACUACCAGGCUAGCUACUGCAGCCACUGACUAACGUCACCCCCCAACAGGCUAGCUACUGCAGCCACUGACUAAUGUCACACCACUUUUUACCAGGCUAGCUGCCUCAGCCACUGACUAACGUCACCCCACUACCAGGCUAGCUACUGCAGCCACUGACUAAUGUCACACCACUUUUUACCAGGCUAGCUGCCUCAGCCACUGACUAACGUCACCCCACUACCAGGCUAGCUACUGCAGCCACUGACUAACGUCACCCCCCAACAGGCUAGCUACUGCAGCCACUGACUAAUGUCACACCACUUUUUACCAGGCUAGCUGCCUCAGCCACUGACUAACGUCACCCCACUACCAGGCUAGCUACUGCAGCCACUGACUAACGUCACCCCACUACCAGGCUAGCUACUGCAGCCACUGACUAACGUCACCCCACUAACAGGCUAGCUACUGCAGCCACUGACUAACGUCACCCCACUACCAGGCUAGCUACUGCAGCCACUGACUAACGUCACCCCCCAACAGGCUAGCUACUGCAGCCACUGACUAAUGUCACACCACUUUUUACCAGGCUAGCUGCCUCAGCCACUAACUUUCGUCACCCCACUACCAGGCUAGCUACUGCAGCCACUGACUAACGUCACCCCCCAACAGGCUAGCUACUGCAGCCACUGACUAAUGUCACACCACUUUUUACCAGGCUAGCUGCCUCAGCCACUGACUAACGUCACCCCACUACCAGGCUAGCUACUGCAGCCACUGACUAACGUCACCCCCCAACAGGCUAGCUACUGCAGCCACUGACUAAUGUCACCCCACUACCAGGCUAGCUACUGCAGCCACUGACUAACGUCACCCCCCAACAGGCUAGCUACUGCAGCCACUGACUAACGUCACCCCACUGCCAGGCUAGCUACUGCAGCCACUGACUAAUGUCACCCCCCAACAGGCUAGCUACUGCAGCCACUGACUAACGUCACCCCACUACCAGGCUAGCUACUGCAGCCACUGACUAACGUCACCCCCCAACAGGCUAGCUACUGUAGCCACUGACUAACGUCACCCCCCAACAGGCUAGCUACUGCAGCCACUGACUAACGUCACCCCACUACCAGGCUAGCUACUGCAGCCACUGACUAACGUCACCCCCCAACAGGCUAGCUACUGCAGCCACUGACUAACGUCACCCCCCAACAGGCUAGCUACUGCAACCACUGACUAACGUCACCCCCCAACAGGCUAGCUACUGCAGCCACUGACUAAUGUCACCCCCCAACAGGCUAGCUGCCUCAGCCACUGACUAACGUCACCCCACUACCAGGCUAGCUACUGCAGCCACUGACUAACGUCACCCCCCAACAGGCUAGCUACUGCAGCCACUGACUAACGUCACCCCACUACCAGGCUAGCUACUGCAGCCACUGACUAUUGUCACACCACUUUUUACCAGGCUAGCUACUGCAGCCACUGACUAACGUCACCCCACUACCAGGCUAGCUACUGCAGCCACUGACUAACAUCACCCCCCAACAGGCUAGCUACUGCAGCCACUGACUAAUGUCACACCACUUUUUACCAGGCUAGCUGCCUCAGCCACUGACUAACGUCACCCCACUACCAUGCUAGCUACUGCAGCCACUGACUAACGUCACCCCCCAACAGGCUAGCUACUGCAGCCACUGACUAACGUCACCCCACUACCAGGCUAGCUACUGCAGCCACUGACUAACGUCACCCCCCAACAGGCUAGCUACUGCAGCCACUGACUAACGUCACCCCCCAACAGGCUAGCUAUUGCAGCCACUGACUAACGUCACCCCACUACCAGGAUAGCUACUGCAGCCACUGACUAACGUCACCCCCCAACAGGCUAGCUACUGCAGCCACUGACUAAUGUCACACCACUUUUUACCAGGCUAGCCACUGCAACCACUGACUAACGUCACCCCCCCAACAGGCUAGCUACUGCAGCCACUGACUAACGUCACCCCCCAACAGGCUAGCUGCCUCAGCCACUGACUAACGUCACCCCACUACCAGGCUAGCUACUGCAGCCACUGACUAACGUCACCCCCCAACAGGCUAGCUGCCUCAGCCACUGACUAACGUCACCCCACUACCAGGCUAGCUACUGCAGCCACUGACUAACGUCACCCCCCAACAGGCUAGCUGCCUCAGCCACUGACUAACGUCACCCCACUACCAGGCUAGCUACUGCAGCCACUGACUAAUGUUGCUGAGAAAUAGGAUGUGAAAAAUAUAUGCAGUAUUACAUUAGGGCUGCAUUGAUGCAUUUUCACUUAUGAUAAUGGCAUUGAUGUAAGGUUGAAACAUGCUUAUGAUAUGGGUGGUGCAGUACAUUUAUUCGUCUGAAACAUGUUUCCAUUGUAACACUAUUGUAAAUCAUUUAACGAAAACAAAUGUUUCUAAUUUCUGGAAGAAAAAAUGUACUAUAUGAUACAAUGCAUUUUUGCACCUUAUAUGUACUAUUCAUGUUUGUAUGUCCAAGGGAAAUGUAGUUCAUGAUGCUCACUUGCUAUUGUUGCAGUUUAUCUGCAAGGACACAUGUGGAAUAUUUUCUACUGAAUAGGACUAUUACGUUAUUCUAUAGUCCACUUUGAGUUGUGUGUUUAGCCCCAUGACGACAUUCUGGCAUUCAAGCCUCUGGUGUCAAGUACGAUUGAUUGUAAUGAUAAAUCAUGUAAUCUAUCACACCCACAUAUAUAUUAGAUUGAACUCGAUAUUCUCAUGGUGGAUGGUGUGAAAAAGUGAGUAUCUAUCGGGUGUAGAGAACAGUGGCCUAACAGUCCUACUUAUUAGGGACCACAUCACAGCCACAUCAUCCCAUCUGGCACAGAACCUUCAAGUACUUUCCUCCACAUUACAGAUGUAGUGUGGGACAGACAGGUGCAAAUGACACUUUAACACUAUCUAGUUACUAGUAAAUGGUGCUGUUUUUUUACUCUGAAACGGUUGUCAUUUACCCAGUCCUACACACACAGCUACUUUUUAACAACAUAUUUACUAAAUGGUGCCCAUAGCAUCUGGAAUUAAUGAUGGUUGCUAUUGACUUGCGAAAAGACCAUCUUUGCAAAUAGUCUAUUUGCAGGGUUAAUUUUUGCUUAGAAGUUGUUCAUUGAAGAGGCAGAGAAAAUACAUAUUAAUGAGGAAUUUCUAGUCUAUCUCUGGAUAGCAGAAAAUAGGGUUUCUGUCAUGGCAGGGAUAAUGUGUGUGUGUGUGUGUGUGUGUGUGUGUGUGUGUGUGUGUGUGUGUGUGUGUGUGUGUGUGUGUGUGUGUGUGUGUGUGUGUGUGUGUGUGUGUGUGUGUGUGUGUGUGUGUGUGUGUGUGUGUGAGAGGCAUUGACGUUUUUAUUGACAUGGCUUUAACAUUGCUUGGACGUUGCUCCACUGAACACUACAGUGGAGAAUUGUCCCCUCACCCAGCCAAUGAACUUAUUAGUUCAAUCUACUGUACAUUUCCUUCAAAAACAUAGAACCUGUCCUUUUACUAGAUGACAUGAUAUACUGGCAUUUGUGUUGCACUGUAUAUCAUUGGCAUAGCAUAUCAAUUUACCCACAUGAACAGCACAUUUGGAUUUGAACUAUAAUACAUUUAUUCCAAUAUAAUUGUGGCGUUAGGGUUGUAAGCUUCCUGCACCAGUAGUUGACUACGAAUGUUCAAUAGAAUGCGAUGCGAUUGUUUGCUUGUUUCGGGUUAGUUAGUGUGGUGUACUUGGUGGUAAGCUGUUAUCUUAGCUGUUAUCUGUUAUAUGUCCACAUUGUAUUGAUGAAGAAAAGCUUUUAAUGGAGGGCUUUGGAAUGACAGCACAUAGUAAGCCACAGUUCAGUUGGUCAGAUAUGUUGCCAGAUAUUUUGCUCAAAAGGGUGGAAAGUAGUUUAAUGAACUGGAACUUUCCUCAUUCCUAUAUAGCUUCUAGUAAACCACUCAGCAUCUCCCAUUUCAUUUCCUGACGUCAGUCUCUCUCUGCUGUGAAACUCGAUGAAACACUUACUUACCAGGCGGCCUUAAACACAUGGAAAGCAAAAACGUUCAUGAAUGUAGAGCCCCUAACAAUGCAAAAAAAAGGACAUAGGUGCUGUGUAGGAGCUGUGUAGGAGCUGUGUAGGUGCUGUGUAGGAGCUGUGUAGGAGCUGUGUAGGAGCUGUGUAGGUGCUGUGUAGGAGCUGUGUAGGAGCUGUGUAGGUGCUGUGUAGGAGCUGUGUAGGAGCUGUGUAGGUGCUGUGUAAAAGCAAACAGUACAGUGAUAUCAUCCCUUGUGAUUUCAAGUCCAUGUCUGGUCUUAGUGAGGUACACAGGAGAAAGUGAGAGACAUUGAUAGCUUGAUGAAGAGAUGUUAAAAUAAUAAGAAAAAUAAAAGUCAGUUCUCAUUAGAGUAUGCUGAUUGGGCAGUAGAAAUUAUGUCACUUCAGCUCCUUCACACCUGUUGUGAUGGUCUCAUCUGAAAGAUUCCAAAUCCCAGGGUCACCAACUGCUGCUAUGGUGACCUACUAGUAACUAUUCACUACAGUUACCAAGUUUGCACACUGCUACUGUAUGUCAACAGAUACAGAUUAUAUUUAACGUGAUAUUAGACCAAAGUUAAUUGUUCAUGGAGCUUCAUGCCUUUUCUCAAGUUUUCUUUCACUCUAUCAAUUCCUAGUCUUUAGUUACUCAUAUUGUGUAGUACUGUAAUGUAUAUAUAGGCUUUUAAUGUAGGUGCAUAGGUUUUGACAGCUGGUUGUUGGUUUUCAUAGCAAACUCAUUUCCCUUUCUCAAACAUUCUCUAUUAGCACGUUUGUCCCAUGCUGCUUUUCCAUGAUCUAAGGAGGGGUAAAGUUAGGCAACUAGGAAUAGUGGGAAAAAUCCUUAGGUGCCUUAAAAUCAGACGUAUUAGAAUCUGUGAAUGAAUGUCUUAGGUUGAGGUCUUUGGUUGGAAUACGAUGCCUGGCAGAGUGCUUGGCCAUCACUGCUUGUGUUGCUUGGGUUGUUUCACCACAAACGGCUGUUAGGGAGAAAACUAGCGUGGCUUUGUUCAUCCAAGUGCAUUGAUAUUACUAUUGUCGAUUUAGAGUUGGAUCAUAUUGAAUGUUAUGCUGUUGUAUGACUGCUGCGAGUGUUGAUAUGAGGUCUAGAAUAUAAGGAUGUGAUUCUAGGAAUAGAAUGCAAGUAUCUUCAUGAUUGGUACACACUGUUUAUACUUUAUCAUCAGGCAGUCUUGUAUGUUGAUGGUCUUUGAUUUAUUUAAGAACAGAGAAAGCGGCGUAGAAAAUGUUAUCAAAAUCUAAUUGAAUCAGUGGAACAGGAGCAAACAUGGGGGUCGGCAGAGAAAAACAACAUCCCAGAGAGUAUUCUCAUCAGAUAGGAGAUGGUGAAGAUGACCCCGCUUCUCCUCCGCCUCCUUGCUAAGAUAUCGUAACCUCGUUCCAGUUGUCAAUGCUUUAUGGUUUAUUAUGGUCGCCACAAACAAGGGAUUGACUAAACUUGACCUGCCAAAAGUGUAAUAGUGCUUCAUACAACAGGCAGGCACACAUACAGCUGUUUACCUCAUGGUUGAGAGUCAGUUGCAGUGGGAUAGAUAGGUGUAUUUGUAUAUGACGCCCAUCAAAGCACUUUGCCAUGCCUGUGUUCUAUGCAGCAGUCCUGCACCAUGUCCCCAUGUCUUCAGGCAUGACCUCUAAAGCAUUACGACACAUUAUGUAAUGAUUGCUAUGAAAGUGGAGAUUGUGAUAAGAGGGUGGAAGAUUUUAAUUGUUGGGCACAUGGAUGAUGAGGUCAAUGCAGUACGUUUUCAACAAUCUAUCUUCUGUAACUUUGGUGUUUACGCACUCUUACUGGCCGUCUUGACUGCUUGUUCUGAAAGAAGCUCUAUUAGGUACAUACAUAACCCUCAUCUAGUAAGCAUUCCACACUGGCAGCACUGGGUGGCUCAGGUCCAUAUAGAUACAGUACUGUAUAUCCGUGAUGAAUUUCUUUCCUGAUACAUUAUAGUGAUUGAAAAUAUGAUAAUUUUAGGAAAAUAAUGCUCUUUAAGACGUAAACGCUAAACACACAUACACAAAGACAUUUAGAAUAACAAAUUGUAUCAUAUAUCACAGUACUAAAUCAAUCAACAGUGGUUGUGAUAUAUUGCUCUGCGCCCUGUACGUAUGGAACUUGUUUAGGGGCUGAAACUUAUGUUCCAUCAUCAUGGACGAAAGUGUUUGGUGAGCUGUUGUGCUAAAAACCUUAAAGAAGAGUCACUAAAGGGGAUGAUAUUAUUUUUUACUUCUUUCUUUUUUGUUCAAAAUUUACAGAGAUCUGUUUAGUCUGAUCAGCACAAACAAACAGAUACACACACACACACACACACACACACACACACACACACACACACACACACACACACACACACACACACACACACACACACACACACACACACACACACACACACACACACACACACACACACACACACACACUACAUAUUUCACAGCAGUACCACAAGAUGUCAUCAAGAUGGCACCCUAUAUUCUUUCUUUUGAACAACUUUUCUUGAAGUAUUUUGACAUCACCACAGGCCCUGUAAACUUUGCUUGAUUUUUUUCUUUCAAUCUUAUAUUUCUUCAUUUUUUUCAGUGCAGUUACACUGUAAGAAUGUCUCUCUCUUCUCAUAAAACAUUUGAUUCAAUUUGGAGCACAGAGUUAAUUGUUUUCAUUAUCACUGAUCUUUAUUUCCACAAAAUACCAUGGGCUCUUUCUUCAUUUCCUCGAGGCAAUGCUAUUGACUCAUGGCUUACUUAAAAAGGUUUGAUCGAAUCAGGGCUGCUUUACAUUCAAAACCUCAUAGACUGCGAGUGCCUGCUGCCCGAUUAGCAAUAAGCUUCAUUCAAACAAUGGACUCACAAUGCACUGUAGCCUCUAUAUCAAAUGACCUUCCAAUUUGACCUGCCAUCCAAUCUGCUUACACUCUGUUUCUUAGUUAAUGCCAAUAUUGUGGAAUGGAGGAUUCUGCCCACAAGGUCACCCAUUCCCCUGCUAUUAACUAGGCCUACAUGUAACUCAACUGUAUGGACAUUCGGGGCAUAUGUGCGUUCAUUGUUCACAUUGACAGUCAUUGCGUUGUUAGCCUUUAAAAGCGAAUGAAACCCUCCCAGGGAAGAGAAAGGGCACCCUUGACCUGUCCUAUUUUCUCUUUUUGCUAAAUGUUUUGCGAGGUGAGACAGCUUUCAUUUUAUGUUUACCUAUGGUGGAGAAAUGUCUGAUGUCUUGUGGGUAGAAUUAAUCAAUUGGAAUGUGACAUGGAAGAAAAAAUCAUAUGAAGGUAGUUGUUUAGCUUAAACUAUUUUUAAUUAUUAGAUAUCAUAUCAAUAAUGAGGAUGAAUAUAAUGCCAAAUAUGCAUUAUUUGUACAGAAAUAUACAUAUAUAAAUAUAUAAAUAUAUGCCUAAUUUAAACGGAACUAUUUUCUGCUCUUGACCAUGUUUUUGUUGUUUAAACUUUUAUUUGUCUAAGUUAUUUUAUAAGGUCUUAAGAUAGCAUGCAGGGUAGUGAAAAUGAAGGUAUUAUCUGAUGUUUCAUUGCUGUUCAGUAUUGCAGUUUGUUUUGUAUUUGUAUGAUUCAUUUGCUGAUUCAGUUACUAUUUACAUUUAAUUUAUAUAUUUGGUUAUCUGAAAUGAAUUGUAAACCUUUCUUUUCUAAAUGAGAGUUUUUUGGAACGUUCUUUAUCAUGGUAUUUAUUUUGUAUUUUAUCAAUGUGCUUCAGUAUUUUUGCCAUAAUUUAUCAAUCUGCCUCUUUGAAUUAAGUAUUGUUAAUGACCAUCUGUUGUAAAUACUUCUGCAAAUUAAACUUUUUGAAAAAAAACUGCUUCU